UUUUGCGCAAUUCAAAUUAGUUAUACUUGUCAUUUUAUGCGUGUUAAAGAUGAUAUUGAUGAAACCUAAACUAUAAUUCAACCGACUGUUCUAAUAUAUUUUUUCCUGACUUUGUGAUGGAUACGUUACUUAUAUUCUCAGUUGUUAUGUUGACGACAGUGUUCUUUAUCUCCGAUGUCGGUGGGGUAUCACUCAAUGCGCCAGCAAUACGACAACAGUACAAAGAUACAAAGAAGGCGAUUAUGAAAGAAAGGAAAAAAAAUCUCAAAAACGCAAACAUAAAAAGGAGAAUGGAUCAACGUGUGACAGCUGACGACGGAACGCAACCGGGAGUUGCAGGCCAGAAGUCGGUGGAUGAGGUUGCGGCAGCAACGGCGGAGGCAAAUGCUGAGUUGGACAGGCCAACGGAGCAGAAGAGGCAGAGUGAAGAACAGGCCAAAAAAAUAAGGGAAAGAGCACGGGGACAGAUGAGGUUACAACAUAGGCCGCAGGACAAAUAUAAGAGAGAGUGGAACACACACGAAAAAGACGCACUUUAGCAGGCAGGCGGACUUUAAGAGAAACAGGAUAUAUUUGAAAGACAUUUAGUCAGUCAAUCAUUGAUUUUUUAUUUGUCUCUUAUCUUUAGCAAACCCAUAAAUCGAGAAAUGGCAAACGUGUAUUUCCAUUACUUAUACUGUGUAGAUUUUAAUCUAAAACUUCAACUAAAAAGAAGAGUUAUGGGACUUGCCACAUAUAAACAUAUAAUCACACUUG